GACAAAGCAACUCCAAAAGAUUGUUAACUACCUUCAAAGCUUUGUUUUAUUCUGUGUUCAAAUAAAAAUGUAGUUAAGUAAAAACUUUUGAAAAUUAGAUUCUAAGAGAAAGUCUAUUUAGGAUGUGGAUAAAUGUAACCAUUUAACUUGAGUAGAUGACUAAACCUAGCAAUAACAAGCUUUAAAAUAACCAAGCGUAACCCCUACCAAACAACAAAACUAUUAAUUCACCUUUUAGAUACUUGAUGGACGUAAAGCUAUACGAUGAAGUGAACGUGGUUUCAAGAGAGGAAUGGGGAGCUGUGGUCCCGACGGGGUCCAAAAAGUUAAAACUGCCAGCUCCUAACGUAAUUUUCACCUACUGCACUCACAGGAAGAAGAAGGAAUGGCCACUAUGUAUGGACCACGAGGAGUGCUGCCGAACACUCAGGGAUAUGCAGGAGUAUUACAUGAAGGAGGAACUGAUGAGGGAUUUGCCUUACAACUUCAUCGUUGGAGGCGAUGGCACCAUUUACGAAGGCCGCGGGUGGUAUGUGAAACCAGCCAAAAACGAAAACUGGAAAGAACUCUACGGAAGAAGUGUCGAAAUUGCCUACAUGGGAGACCACCAUGAGAGGCGUCCGAACAAGAAAAUGUGGCGAGCGGCGUGGGACUUUGUAGUAAUGUCUGUGGACACGAUGCACAUAGAGAAUUUCUAUGAGUUUAUAGAGAACUAUGACGAAGCCAAACUUGACGCCAUCCAAGCAAAGAAGCCUUGGUACAAACAGUUUUAUCACUUCAAAGGUGUCUAAUACACGCUAGUACAACUGUAAGCUCCUUUUGGAUAAAUUGUAAUGCAUUUUUUUUUAUUAGGAACAAACUGUGUUAUAACUUUUAGUUUAUUCAGAACUUAACAGUGGUAUUCUUUUAAUUUAUUUAGAACUUAACAGUGGUGUUCUUUUAGUGUCUAGGAAUAAACAGAAUCAACGAUUAGUGUUCAGCAAGAAAUAAUCGAAAUUUGUCAAAGUUACCUUAGAAAUGUGUGGUGUUAAAACGUGUAAGAUUUAGUAAGUAUAGUAUUGCGUGGUUAUA